UCUUUUUAAAUCUCUUUAUCUGCUUAUAAAAUGCCAUUACGUUUCUAUUCUGCAAAGUGAGUGACAUGGAAGAACUCAAAAGUGACUGUAGUGUUUUGGUAUUUUUUGUGAACGGGAAAAAGAUAGUGGACAACCAAGUUGAUCCAGAAUGGACGCUUCUAUUUUAUUUAAGAAAUAAACUUGGAUUAUGUGGAACAAAGUUAGGAUGUGGAGAAGGCGGCUGCGGUGCUUGCACUGUGAUGCUAUCAAAAUAUGACCGGAUCAACAAGAAAAUUAGACAUCUACCGAUAAAUGCUUGUUUGGCACCAGUAUGUUCUAUGCACGGUUUAGCUGUAACAACAGUCGAAGGAAUCGGUUCAACCAGAACCAAGUUACAUCCAGUUCAAGAAAGAAUAGCCAAGUCGCAUGGUACACAAUGCGGUUUCUGUACCCCAGGAAUCGUAAUGUCGAUGUAUACCCUUCUGAGAAACUCUCCCAAACCCACGAUGAAAGACCUAGAAGUAACAUUCCAAGGAAAUCUGUGUCGCUGCACAGGCUACAGACCCAUCAUGGAAGGGUACAAAACAUUCACCGAAGAAUGGGAAUUGAUACAAAAUGGCAACAGAUUAAACGGCGAACAAGUAAACGGUUGUGCGAUGGGAGAUAAAUGCUGCAAGCUUCAAAACGGUACCACGAAAGACCCUGAAGAAGUUUUAUUCAAUCGAAACGAGUUCACACCGUAUGAUUCGUCACAAGAACCUAUUUUUCCACCGGAGCUAAAGAUUUCCGAUCAGUAUGAUAAACAAUAUUUGGUUAUUAAAGGAAAAACGGUUACGUGGUUUAGACCAGUCAACUUGGAACAACUACUACGACUCAAGAAACAAUUUCCUGACGCGAAACUGGUUGUAGGAAAUACUGAAGUCGGUGUUGAAGUUAAAUUUAAACAGAUGGUGUAUCCUGUUAUUAUCCAACCAGUGUUGAUACCUGAAAUGGUGGCUAUUACUAACACUGAAAAGGGUGUCAGAAUAGGAGCUUCUGCCACUUUCACGGAUAUUGAAACUUAUUUGAAAAACGAAAUUAAUCGACUGCCUGAAGAGAAAACACGGAUUUUUAAAAGCGUUGUCGAUAUGUUGAAUUGGUUUGCGGGUAAACAGAUCAGAAGUGUGGGGGCUCUUGGGAGUAAUAUAAUGACGGGAAGUCCAAUUUCGGACAUGCUUCCGAUUCUUAUGGCCAAUGAAGUAACACUAGAGUUACAAAGUCGGGAUAACGGAAAACGCGAAGUUAUUUUAGACGGAAACUUCUUUACUGGUUAUAGAACAACAAUAGUAAAACCAGAGGAGAUACUUUCCGCUAUUUAUAUUCCUUACACCAACAGCGACCGCUACUGUUACGCUUACAAACAAGCACGAAGACGUGAAGACGACAUCGCUAUUGUAAACGCUGCCGUUAAUGUCACUUUCGAACCAAAAACUGACAUUAUAUCUGAUAUAAACGUAGCUUUCGGAGGGAUGUCCUACAAGACCGUCACAUCACCUAAAACUAGACAGCUCAAGGGUCUACCCUGGAAUCGACAAACUUUAGAAUUAGCUUUCACCCACUUACAAGAAGAUUUGCCGCUGGACCCUGGUGCUCCCGGUGGAAUGUACCUAUACCGAAAAUCGCUAACGCUAAGUUUGUUCUUCAAAGCAUUCCUAGCAAUUUCAGCAGAUUUACAAAAAUAUGUCCCCCACAUUAACAUUGAUAAACGGGAGUUAAGCGGCAUUACAAGUUUCGAGCCCAAGGAAUACAAAAGUGCACAGUACUUCACCGUCGUUCCAAAAACCCAAGAAAAAAGUGACGCUCUUCAACGCCCCAUUGUCCACAUGUCCGCCUAUAAACACGCAACCGGUGAAGCAGUAUACUGUGACGAUAUCCCUUUGUACGAAAACGAGCUCUACCUAGCCUUCGUUACAAGCACCAAAUCGCAUGCCAAAAUCUUGUCGGUUGAUCCGUCAGAAGCUCUAGCCAUGGACGGCGUUGAUUAUUUCGUUUCAGCCAAAGAUGUCGCCGAAGGAAAAAACUUCACGAAUUUUAUGCAUCGUGACGAAAAAAUCUUUUAUGACGAUAUAGUAACAAGUCAAGGUCAAAUUAUAGGAGGGAUACUGGCAACUGAUCAAAUUAUAGCACGGAAAGCGGCCCGAAAGGUCAAAAUCGAGUACGAAGAUCUUCAACCAGUGAUUAUUACUAUUGAUGACGCUAUUAAACACAAUUCGUACUUUAAAAAUCCUGACAGAAUGGUAGUUAAAGGUGAUGUCGAAAAAGUGUUUCAAGAAGCACCUCAUGUUUUGGAAGGAGAGUGUCACAUAGGUGGUCAAGAGCACUUUUACCUUGAAACACAAUCAGUGUUUGUGGUUCCCAAGAAGGAAGAUGAAGAAAUUGAAGUCUAUUCAGCUACUCAAGGUCCUACUCAGUUAGCUGAAACAUUGGCUCCAGUUUUGGGUAUACAACUAAACAAAAUUGCCGUUAAGACCAAAAGAUUGGGUGGUGGUUUUGGUGGAAAAGAACUAAAGGCUGUACGAAUAGCCCUUCCGGCAGCAAUUGCAGCCAUGAAGCUAAAUCGACCGGUCAGAUGUAUGCUGGAUAGAGAAGAAGAUACAGUGAUGACUGGAGGCCGACACCCGUUUUAUAUAAAAUACAAAGUUGCCUUUAACAAUGACGGUAAAAUUUUGGGAGCCCACGUGAAGUACUACAACAAUUGUGGCUAUUCAAUAGAUGUGUCGUCCUUGGUGCUAGGACACGCGAUGACCCACUCCCAAAAUGCGUACGACAUACCCGUGGUACGACUUGAAGGCUACACAUGCAAGACCAAUCUACCUUCGAACACCGCAUUCCGUGGUUUCGGGUGUCCACAAGCUAUGUUUGCAGCGGAAACCAUGCUUCAACACAUCGCCGACUAUCUCAAGAAAGACCCAGUCAAACUAAGUGAAUUAAACUUAUACAAAGAAGGAGAUGUAACAUUCUACAACCAAAAACUUGUCAAUUGUACUAUGCAAAAAUGUUGGAAUGAGUGUCUACAGUCCUCUAGGUAUUUCGAAAGACGUAAACAAGUGGAAGAGUUUAAUUGCGAAAAUCGUUAUAAGAAACGUGGUUUGAGCGUCAUUCCAACAACCUACGGUAUCGGAUUUCCCGUACCGUUCCUCAACCAAGCUGGAGCUUUGGUACUAGUGUACACCGACGGGUCAGUUCUUCUAAGUCAUGGUGGAGUCGAAAUGGGACAAGGACUUCAUACCAAAAUGAUACAAGUAGCUAGUAGAUGUUUAGAAAUCCCCGUUGAGAAGAUUCAUACAGUUGACGUGUCAACCGACAAAGUACCUAAUACUACGAUGACUGCAGGAAGCGUCGGUUCGGAUUUAAACGGAAUGGCAGUAAUGCGAGCUUGUAACACCAUCAAGGAACGACUAAAACCCUACAAGGACGCCAACCCUAAAGGAACUUGGGAGGAAUGGGUUAAAAAAGCAUACUUCGACCGCGUCAGCCUAAGCACAACUGGGUACUUUGGAGAGUCGGAUUAUGGGUACAACUGGGAAACGGGAGAGGGACAAAUGCACAACUAUUUCAGUUAUGGUGCCGCUUGCUGUGAAGUUGAAAUAGACACACUAACAGGAGAUCAUCAAGUCCGCAGUGUCGAAAUUGUAAUGGAUGUGGGUGAAAGUUUGAACCCUGGUAUCGACGUUGGUCAAAUCGAAGGAGCCUUCAUGCAAGGUUAUGGUCUUUUCGUACUUGAAGAAUUAGUGUAUUCGCCGUCUGGAACCAACUAUACUAGAGGUCCUGGCACUUACAAGCUUCCAGGUUUUGGAAAUAUUCCAGGGGAAUUUAACGUGUCGAUGCUGAAAGGGUCCUCAAAUCCUCGGGCUGUUUACUCGUCAAAGGCUAUAGGAGAACCGCCACUGUUUCUUGGUAGUUCUGUCGUUUUUGCCAUUAAAGACGCCAUAAAAGCGGCAAGGAAAGAAAAUGGGUACGACCCAACUGAUUUCAAGUUGUAUUCGCCUGCUACUUCGGCUAGAAUUCGUGUGGCAUGCCAGGAUAAUAUAACAUCGAAGUUCGAGGAACCUGAGCUUGGAACGUAUGUACCCUGGAACGUCUUGGUGUAGUCCAGCUUUUGAUAUUUAUCGCAUCAAAAUUUAAAACUGUAUUAAAAACAAACCUACGUGUUUGUGUUAUUUUUCAUUGUUUAAAUAAAGACGGUACUAACUGUUA